AAUUAAUUAGUCCAUAGGCCAGGAUUUUGUACCAAGUUUUUUUGUAAAUAUUUCAAAGCCAAACUAAUUUAAGCAACCCAACCAACCAAAAACCAAAAACCAUCCUUCCUAACUCACCUCGCCGCACUGACUGAUAUUUAGUGAUAUUGAAUAGACGCCAUUUUCAAUUCUGUUGGUUGGUUAGUUGUUAAAAUUCUACCAGUGAAUACAAUUCGAAUUUUACGGCUGAUUGUUGUUGAUUACUAAUGCAUUUUUAGCAGUGUGUUGUGUUAUUAAACUUUUAUGGAUCCCAUUCUGGGCUGGUUUCAGCCAGAACAAGAAGGACCUGCCAAAGAUCUUUGGUCCAGAAUUUGGGACGCCCAUACAGGGCUAGAUAAUUUAAAAAUAGGGAGUGGGAACGAAGUUAGUAGAGGUCAGGAUUUAAUUACAUUUGAUAAUGUAGGAAGUAAUGAUUGUGGAGUGAAACGUGCGCAGACAAACAAUUUGAAUAACAAUAAUUCUGUCUCAGUCAACAGGGCAAGCACUUACGCCAUGAAUAAGAAUCGAGCUACCUUGAUAGGAGUUCAUGGUGGUAACCCUUGGCGGACGCCCAACCGUGUCUACGACUGCAGAGGGAUCAUCGGACUCCAUCAAGAAAUAGAAGAGUUUUAUCAAUACAUGACCCCAACUGAAGAGGAACACCAAAUGCGCCUCGGUGUUGUGAAAAAAAUUAAAGAUAUAAUUCAUCAGCUUUGGCCGAAAGCAGUAGUAGAAGUCUUUGGUAGUUUUGCUACCGGCCUUUAUCUACCUACAAGUGAUAUUGACCUUGUUGUGAUCGGUUCUUGGACCCAGCUGCCUCUUCAUACACUGGAGAACGCUUUACUGGACUCGAAAAUAAGCAAAACAGGCCAAGUCAGAGUCCUUGACAAGGCAUCUGUUCCUAUUAUCAAGCUGACGGACCAGGUGUGUGAUGUCAAGGUGGACAUUAGUUUUAACAUGAAUAAUGGUGUUAAGUCUGCUCAGCUGAUAAAGGAGUACCGCAACAGAUACCCAGUCCUGGCCAAGCUGGUGCUAGUGCUAAAACAGUUCCUCUUGCAGCGUAACCUCAACGAGGUCUUCACUGGUGGCAUCUCCUCAUACAGUCUAAUACUGAUGACUAUCAGUUUCUUACAGUUACAUCCGCGACAAGGAACUGAAUCAUAUGGAGCCAAUCUGGGAGUCCUGCUGAUAGAGUUCUUUGAACUUUAUGGCCGAAAAUUCAAUUACAUGAAUACAGCCAUUAGAGUGAAAGACGGAGGAACCUAUAUUGCCAAAGAAGAGGUCCAAAAAGACAUGAUUGAUGGACACCGCCCAUCAAUGUUGUGUAUAGAAGACCCCCUCACUCCUGGCAAUGACAUCGGCCGUGGAUCAUAUGGAGCUUUGCAGGUUAAGAACGCUUUUGAGUAUGCUUACCUCGCUCUUCAAACAGCUGUAAAUCCUUCAAAUCCUACGGCGGGUGAUGCAAACGUAACAAGCAUUUUGGCCAGAGUUGUCAUGGUGACUGAUGAAGUGAUCAACUACAGAAGGUGGAUCAAAGAGAAAUACCCAGUGAUCAAAUCCAACAACCGUAUAACUAUGAGCAUAUCCAGUGGUAGCAGUGAGGGAUCUGUUUCUUCUUUUGCUUCUAGUGACUCAGACUCAGAAUGUGGUGAUGCAAAACAGAAAAUGGUCAACUACCAGGUGACCAACUCAUGGAGACAACAACCUCGAAACACGUCUCCUCAAUUGGGUCACAACCGGAAUCAACAUCAUCAACACCACCAUCACCACAACCACCACCACCACAACUUCCCUCCGCAGCGGCGCAACCAAGUGCCACCGCCACCACAGCCACCCACCACCCCGACCACUCCAGCCCAUCAACCUUUGCCUCAGUCAAAGACCAACAAUAACAGUAAACAUUUUACGAAUCAAAAUGGGUUCCAUCGGACAUUUAGUAACAACCGUAAACGGACCCUUAGCAAACAGAGGCUCAAAAACGAAAUCAUCAGCCAACAACGAUAUUUUCCACACUUACCCUAUCCAAGAGUUCCUCCGUUUAUUUUGGCAGGACCUGUUACAUUCAAGCCGAUUCCUUCCAAUAACCAUUUUUUUAACGACUUCUUGGUCACUGCUUGGUGACUAACAUAAAUUUAUUUGUUUCUUUUUAUUCUACACUAUCUCUUACACAAUAUUUUUAUUCUUCACAAUAUUCACAAACAUUAAAUUGUGAUAUGAACUCAUAGACUUUGGCAAUAAACUUGCAAUUUUCAACGCCAAGUGAAAAUGUUCCAAAAUAGAUGUUAAAAAUGUAACUAGUCAUAUUUUGAGAAUUUAUGUACAAAUUAUUGUAUUGUAAUUAGAAUUUCUUGUGUACAAAUUAUUUUGUUAUUUUCUUUGUUCCGGAGUAGGGAAUAGUUUCAUUUUUAUACCUACAUUUUUGUUUUUUAAACUGGUUAAGUCAAAAUUUUUACUAUAAGUGUAUUAUGACUUUCAGACAAAUGUAUACUUAUACAUUCUCUUAUAUAUUAUACUGAAAAUACAACAUUUUUGUAUCACUGGUCCAUUGGUCUGUUUAUCUGUAUUUGUGGUAUUGAUGCUUAUAGUAAAUUCAGUAUAAACAAAAAUUUAAAGACUUCAAAUUAAGUUUUUUGUUUGGUGUUGAAAUAAAUCUGACCGCGUCUGAGUAGGCACACAAAUCAAUAUUACUGUACUUAAAACCUUUUAAGUUGCAUUUAUUCAAUUCAUCUGGAAGAAAAUAACUUGUAAAUAAAUGUAAAUAUGUGUUAUAGUUUGUAAAUACUAAUUUAUUUUAAUAAUUCCUUUUAAUUUGUUUUUGCUCAUUUUCAACCGCAAAAGGAAUUAUGUAAAAAUUCAUGUUAUUGGGGUAUUUAUGAAACUAUUAUUUAAAUACCUUUUGAUUUUGUCUCAUCCUCAUGGUAUUGUACAAUAAUGGAUUUUACUUUUAUAUAUCUAUGUAAAAUACGGCUUUAUUACUCUAUUAUUACAAUGAAUUUCACACGGUAUUUCAUAUUGUCAAUAAUCUUAACUAUUUUGUAAAAUUGGUUUCUUCUUGUAAAUAACUGUUAUUUAUAAUAUUAAAAAAAGGUAAAAAAUGAAAAACUCAACAAAA